AUGGCCAAGUUGGACAAUGUCGCUGAGCCUCAUGAGGUUUACCCGACCAUUCUAGUCUUGGAUUUUGGGAGCCAGUAUACCCACCUCAUCAUCCAUCGUCUCCGUGAGCUCAACGUCUACUCCGAGAUCCUCCCUUGCACCACGAAACUCUCCGACCUCAGGUUCAAGCCCGUCGGUCUCAUCUUGAGUGGGGGACCAUACUCCGUCUUUGAAGACGGCGCGCCGCAUCUCGAUCCUGCCUUCCUCCACCUCGGCAUCCCGAUUCUAGGCAUCUGCUACGGCCUUCAAGAGCUUGCCUACCGACUGGACCACACGAAUGUUGUGGCCGGAGUCCACGGGGAGUACACCACGUCCGAUCUGACGGCCGUCAGCACCAACGCUCACGUCGACCGCCUCUUCCAAGGCAUCGAGGGCCCCACGAAAGCAUUGAUGUCGCACGGUGAUAAGCUGGCCAAGCUUCCCGAGGGCUUUCACACAAUCGCGACCAGCAAGAGUUCCGAGUACGCGGCCAUUGCGCACGAUACCCAUCCUAUAUACGGCAUCCAGUUCCACCCAGAGGUCCCUCACACGCCAAAGGGCAUCCAGCUGCUGGGGAAUUUUGCGAUAGAUAUAUGUGGCAUCAACGCGGGUCGGAUGAUGAGCAACUUCGUAGAGCAAGAGAAGGGCCGGAAACGCAAGGUAAUCAAACCUAAUAGCCGAGUCCUGGGAGGUGUCAGCGGCGGUGUGGAUUCCGCAGUGGCUGCCAAAUUCGUGCAUGAGGCGAUCGGCCACAGGUUCGCCGCGGUGCUGUUGGACCAGAGCUUUCUGCGGCGCGAGGAGCGGGAGCAAGUCGAGAAGGACCUGAACGAGCACCGCGGGAUACACCUGAGAGGUGUGGGUGCGUCCAAAGAGUUUUACGCUGGUCUCGAGGGAGGGAUUGGCUCCGAGUUGGAGAGAAGGGAGAAGAAAAAUGAUUCGAUCCCGGACAGAGCGGGAGAGAUCGAGGGGUCGCCAACAGGAUAUUAUAUCCCAAGUUCUUGGACUCUGUCAUCCAUGGCCGAGCCAGACGUCCAAGACCGACCACAAUGCACUGAGAAAGAUCGACAGAUCAGUGGCGCUGAGAUGCUCGUCAUGCGCCUCCUCUUUUCAAGCCCAGGAAUCGCUAUUCGCAUCUCUGACGCAGCGACGCCACGACGCAUCGAGAUGGCGUGCCAGGCCGAUCACGACUUCCUAAGCAUGAACCAUGAGCCUGGUUUGCACAAGAUCAAGCCUGCGUUUGAAGCACUUGUGGCACCCUGGAUCAUGGGCAUUAUGGGCGAUGACCGUGUGUGCGAGAACACCAUUACCCUGUAUGCGGUUGAGACUAUGGACUUUGAGACGGCCAAUCUUUGUCCAUUGUCUCUGAGCUCUUGA